AUGGACGUGCCGAUUGUGGUACUGGGCGCCGGAGAUGGUGGCGUCGAAGAGCUGCAGCUGUGGGUGGAUGACUCUUCCGUACAAUGGGCUCUGCUCGAGUUCUGCGUGGGCCAGGGCCCUUUGGCUCGUCAGCGCAUGAUUUUCCUUCAUGUGAAUGGAGAGAGAUGUUCCCCCAUUGCUCGCGGCCGUGCGAACGAGCUGACACCUGAGGUGCAACGCUUGAUGCGGGAGGGCUUGGAGAUGGGAGAGGCGUUUCAUGCGACAGUGGAGGUCAAAACAGCGGAGGAGGUUAGCCUGUCCAAUUUGCUCGAGCGGGUGCUUCCAUUCUUCACCGUGGACGGAUCUGACGGCUAUACUGUCAAAUGGCUGCACUCCCAAUAUGAACAGCAGCUGUCUUCCGCCAAAGCUGCAGGAACUGCAGCGGCUUCCUCAGAGCCAAGAAGUGCCACCGAUGCAGAGCAGAAGUCCGGCGGCGAUGUUGUGGAGAUAGGUGCCUAUCAAGCAUCAGCCAGCAGCUUGUACAACGGCCGUGAUGCCUUGAAAGCUGUGGGUGAGCCCAUGGGCGCAUGGAACUGGGCCUUCUUCCAGGCUGAUCCUGUCAACCUGAAAGUUGUGGGUGGUGGAAUCGGGAGCCUGGAAGAGAUGAAAUCCUGCUAUGAGUCGCAUCCAACUGACGUUUUGUUCGGCUUGCUACGCUUGGGAUUCGGCGAGGGGCGCCUGCGACGGACGAAGUACGUCUUCAUACAUGCGGUUGGUGCGAAGGCACCAGUGGUAGCACGUGGGAGACUGUCGGCCGAGAGACCGAAGAUGGAGGAGGUCUUUGGGCAGUUCGCAAGUACUUCGGUCACGAUGGAGAUUCAGCAUCUUGCAGACCUCACGCUGGACAGCGUUGUGGAAAGGGUUCGGCGUGCUGCCAUCGUCGAUGACGACAUUCUUGGACGGGAUGCUGGCUCCCCCUCAGUCUUUUCUGUCGAGGCCUUUCAAAAAGCACUGCAGGAGGAAAAGCUCGGGCGCGCUGCCGAGCUUCAGACGCUCCGGCGCCGGAGCACUGGGCUGGGUACAGGCCUCCCUGCAGAUCUUGUCUCGGAAUGGGCUGGGCGACCUCUGUCGGAAGUAGUUUCGCUGGUUCACAAAGUUGGUGGGCCACUCAACUGGGCCCUUUUCGCCCCAGAUCCGACCUGGUUAAGUCGUAGGCGCACGGUGAAGACCACUCAGGCGUCCUUGCUACCAGAUCAAGUCGCUGCUCCUAGCGGCGGCUAUCUCAGAGCAGAGGCUUCCCGAGCAAGCACUCCGGCGAAAGAACGUCCGGGUAAGUCGAUUGAGGAGCCAGACAGCGCCACCAAAGAAACAGAAAUAAGCUGCAAUUCCACUGCCGCAGACAGUCCAAUCACGCCAGCACAGGAGCAGCCAGAUGCUCAAAGUGAUGAGGACACGCCCCGAGGAAGCACCAUGUCGUUCUACCAGCUACACCACACAGCUCAUCGAAUUUCCGGACCCCUGCUGAAGCAAUCCAGUGCUUGGCAUGGACGCUGGCAGCUGCGAUGGAUGGAGGUGAAAGGCGGUCAUCUGAUGUGGUGGCACGGGCCCACCUUCGUUUCCAGCGAACCAGUGGGCAUGCUGCAAUUGGCCGGGCUGAAGGUGCAAAGCCAGGGCAGCACAUUCUCCUUGAGCACAACAGGGGGCAAGCAAAAGGUGUAUCACCUCAGUGCAGACGUUGCCGAUGCCGCUGCUGCUGCUGGUUGGGUAGCUCCAGCAUGGCCCAAGGCAAAAUACUGGAUCCAGGCCCUGGAACAGGAGAGUCGGAGCCAGGUCUCGUUCCACGGCUGA